AUGCAUUCGCAGCAGAGACGCACAGUCACCAGCAUUAAGGCUAUUACCAUGAUCUUGAUCCUCCUCCAAGUUCUCGGACUCCUGGGCGACGGUGCGGCCGCCCAGAAGUACUCGCCCAUCGCCAACUGGCACAUGGGAGAUCCGCACUACACGAGUGACCAGUACGCCAAGAUCCUGGGCGAGGCGGGACUGGGUCAGGACUCCGACGAGAAGGGCAGCAAGGGCCUGGGCGCCAUGCAGAUCCAGUACGUGGACUACCAGCCCAACUGCCAGCCAGGCGGAGUGCCCGUCUGCGCCACCAACGGAACCGAUAGCUUCUACUUCGAGAACAACUGCCGCCUGGAGGCGGCCAACAUCAAGAUGCUCUUCCAGUACGGCACAGAGCUUGAGCCCACGGAGAUGGAGCGAUGUCUGCCCACCUGCCAGACGAUGAAGUGCACCCAGGUGGAGCGACCAGUGUGCGCGCUGGCCGAGAUCGGAGGAGCCCUGCCCCAAACCUUCGCCAACGAGUGCGAGAUGCGGCGUCGCGAGUGUCAUACAAAACAAGUCCUGCGAGUCCUGCACGAGGGUCCUUGCCAAGCUCCCACAAAAAGCGGUCGCAAGAAGAAGCUGCGCCGCAACAAAAAUAAGCGACCCACCAAGGCCUCAGCCAUCUCGAAGUUCGAAAAAAAUCCAAAGAAGGUAUAUCUGAUGCUGGCCACUCCGGCUCCUUGGAGUGCCACCACCACGCCAAGGAUGCCCACCACCAGCACAACCAUCAGGAUCACCACGACUCCCAGGAUGAGGCCCACGAAAAUGACCAGCACAAGUCCCUCGCCCAUGCAGUUCCAGCAGCUGAUGAGCCUGGCCAGUCCCAUGGUCUCCGUUUCCCGGGCAGUGGAUGCCUACAAUGUGUACAACAUACCCGAUGUGGGUCACGAUUACGGCGAGAUAACCGACUCCUCGCUCUCGAUGUUCUUGCCAGAAGUGGGUCGUGUCACGGAGCCCUAUUCCCCAAGAGAAAGCAGCACCACCAGUACCACCAGCUCCACUAGCACCACACCCGAACCAGCUUUGACCACCAGCGCAAAGGAAUUUAGGAUCACAUCUUCUCCGCGCACCACCACCCUCAAGAGUUACUCCACCACACUGAUGUCCAGCACCACUGAGAUGAGCCAAGGAACCACGUCGGAGGAUUCGAAGGCCCUAACCCAGGCUAUGGGCACCACCCAGCAAUUCAUUUCCUCGACAACUCCCCAGCCGAAGGCUCUUUGAUUGAAGAUUGCGGCUUCUUCAAAUUCAGCUGCUUAAUAUUUAUUAAAACUAUUUAUAUAGCUGUUUAAGAUGAACAAUAAAAA